ACAAGAGAAGCGUAAUCCAAUCGGACUCUGGCUUAAACUAUCAUGGAUCAACAGCCCACUCCCAGUCCUCGCCUCGGGAUUCUGCACCACUAUUUAGACAAGCUGUGCGCAUUUGAAUAUGGAGGCUCAACCCCAGAACUUAAGCCUCAUACGCUGCUUUUUAUCGCAGGGCUGUCAGAUGGCUUGGGGACAGUCCCAUUUAUCAAUGACAUAGCCAAAGCCCUUGAGCCGACCAAGUGGUCCGUCUUUUCAGUGCUCCUUUCGUCUUCCUAUAGCGGAUGGGGCAUGUCGACUUUAGACAGAGACAUUGAAGAAAUUGGUAGCUGUGUUGAAUAUGUGAGACGAUAUAAAGGGGGUCGGGGUCACGAUAAGCCGGGGAUGAUUGCUUUGAUGGGCCACUCCACUGGCAGCCAGGAUGUCCUCCAUUAUCUCUAUUCCCCAAAUCCACUCCAGGCAGGAUCUGGGUUAAAACGACAACCAGUUGACGGAGCGAUCCUUCAGGCACCGGUAUCAGACAGAGAGUAUCUCUUGCAAACUCUCGGAACCGGUAGUGCUACCUCAGAAGCGUUGACAAAAGUAUACAACGAGCUCGUCGCUCUAGCAAAGGCGAAUGUCGCUGCUGGUAACAUGGACACGGCAUUGCCUUUAGCAGCCACAGCUCAGCUAGGAUAUCCCCAUGAUGUCCCAUUAUCUAGUCACCGGUUUCUAAGCAUAACAAGCCCAGACAGUCCUGAAUCGCCCCUUGAAGACGACCUAUUUAGCUCUGACCUUAAUGACGACCGACUACUGCAAACAUUUGGUGCAAUUGGUUCUAGGGGUAUGCUGAAAGGCUCACUCCUCGUCUUACCUGGGGAGGAGGACGAAUACGUCCCGAUGUGGGUCAACAAAAAGAUGCUACUUGAGAGAUGGGAAAAUGCAACUAAACAAGGCGCUGGCGGCCGUGAUAUAUGGGAUACAACUAGUGGCUUAGUCGCAGGUGCAUUCCAUUCGCCGGGCGGACGAACUCAAGAAGAGCCGAGAAAGGAACUCGUAUCAAGAGUUGAACGAUAUUUGAACAAGAUGGAAAAGCUCUGAGCAACUGGCUUCCGGGUUUCGCUUUUGUCCCAGGGUCGAUUUCACCAAAAUGAUGGAUUAUGGUGAGAGUUGAUCUCCAUCAAUGUCACUAUUCCAAAGAAUUAUCAUUAGAAGUAUCUACUAAGAAAACAUGAA